GAAGCGUUAAGGUGUGAUCGCGUAAUCGUGUGACCAAAUGUGCACAAAUAAUAAAUAAUUAAAAAUAACAAAAAUAAAGUAGAAUUAAUUAAACAAAAAUAAAAAUAGUAAUUAAUUGAAUUUAUAAAUAAUUGCAUAAAGCAAAAAGUAAUCAACCACAACAUAACAACUACAAAGUGAAUAAAUAAUUAUCCCAUAAGCAUAAAACUACAUUGAAAAUUCUGAUUAAAAUAACUAUCGUGUACAAAUCCAUUGUUUUUAUACGUAUUGUUAUUGUAUUAACCAUAAAACAAACAAAAUAAAAUGUUUAUCGAAAUUUCGAAUGCAUGAAUGGCAAGCAAUAAAAAAAUAAAGUUGAAAUUAUUAUUAUAAUAAUAACAAUAACAAACAAAAUUCAUAAAGUAUAAUGAGAAAAGUACAAAUAAAUUGUAGUUUUUUAACCCGUUAAAUAAUUAAAAUAAAUUAAUAAACACAAAAAAUUAAAAUAUCUGUCCUAAAACAACAGCAACAAUAAAAAUAACAACAGCACAUAAAUUACUACAUUCACACAGUAUAACAGUAACACUUGUAUCUAUGUACAUGCAACUACACUACAGCUACAACAACAACACACGCACGCAACAUGUCAAAAUAUCAUAUUUUGAAAAAUAGUGAUUUCCACAAUCAUAAUGAUGAUUCAAUAACGACAAACGCCAGCGACACAAUCGCUACAGUAUCACCGCUUACAGACCAUGAGGAAAACUUUGGCCUCUUUAACAGGAAGGGCGGCCACUAUCAUCAACAUCAUCAUCAUUCAACCGAUCAAGAUCAAUUAAGACACGAAAAUUCAGGGCAUAAACUCAAACAUCAUAUUCAGAAAAUUUUCUAUGACGAUGAUGAUGAUGUUGUUGCAGAUAAUCUUUAUAGUCACGAUCACAGCGAUUUAUUAUUAGUCAGUGAUAAUCACGUUGAAGAUCUCAUUCAGUACAACAACAACAAUAUAAUUGAUAAUAAAAAACAAAAUAUUUACACCAACAACAACAGCGGCAGCAACGACAAUAAUACGCCAUCAACUACCGGUAAAAUAAUUUUCACAAACACUAACAACUUAAUGACACCUUUGGAUUCCGCUGCUACUGCUGCUGACGAAUUUACAAUGGAAAUUCCAUUACUACAACAAAAUUUUAAUAGCAACAACAACUACAAUGAAGAGAGAAGAAAUAACUUCGCCCAUAAACAGCAGUAUGAUUUUGAAUGCGUUUGCUUGUUCAAUCAAAAAGGAUUUGCGUCCAACCUCAAGACCAAUUCAACAAAGAGUGCUAAAUCAAAAAUCCUAUGGGCCAUUGUUUUGUGUUGCAUAUUUAUGGUUGUUGAAUUUCUGGGUGGUUAUUUAGCCGGAAGCUUAGCCAUUAUGACGGAUGCCGCACAUUUAGCAUCAGAUUGUAUUAGUUUCGUUAUUGGUCUAGUAGCCAUUUGGUUGGGCAGCAAACCACCGGAUGCAAAAAUGUCAUUUGGAUAUAAACGAUUUGAGGUCAUGGGCGCAAUUGUAUCGAUUUUGGGCAUUUGGAUACUGACCGCAACUUUGGUUUUAGUGGCGAUACAGCGCAUUUAUUCUAACGACUAUGAUUUAGAUGCAAAUACUAUGAUGACCAUUUCUGGUAUCGGAAUUUUAAUUAAUAUCAUUAUGAUUUUUAUUUUACACACCUCAGUGCUCGACCUACCAGCAGGUAGUAUUGGUUCCUCUCAUGGUCAUUCUCAUAGUCACAAUCAUAAUGGUCAUCACCAUGGUCACAGUCACUCACACUCCACAAACUUACAUCGACGACACAGUAAUGAUAGCGGGCAGUUGUAUACAGAGUUUGCAACGAGGUCACUACUUCCUACGGACAGCGAUGCCGAUGCUACUGAUGCUAUUGACACUGGCGGCGCAACAUCAAUGGAAUUGUCGUCUGCACCAAUGGUGCUCAACGGAAAUUUGUCGAAACAUCAACAAGAUGGAAAUGACAAUAAUUUAAAUCUUCGUGCAGCCAUGAUACAUGUUAUCGGUGAUUUAAUACAAAGUUUUGGUGUAUUUCUGGCAUCAGUAUUAAUUAAAAUAUUUCCAAAAGCAGUAUUCCUUGAUCCAUUGUGCACUUUGCUGUUUUCAAUAAUUGUUAUAAUGACAACAAUUAAUUUAUUCAAAGAAUCAAUGCAUUUAAUAAUGGAUUCAAUACCUCAGGGCCUAUCAAUAGAUGAUCUCGAAAUGGAUUUAUUAAAUAUAGAAGGAGUCAAGUCUGUACAUCAUUUGAAUGUUUGGAAUCACACUUCAAAUUACAGCAUUUUAAUGGUUCACUUGGUCAUUGAUAUUCUAACCGAUAGCAAUACAGUCCUAAUGAAAGCCACACAAUUAGCUGGAAGUGCAAAAUACAACAUUAAGCAUAGCACUAUACAAAUUGAACGAGUGACCUCAUAAAUUUUCUGCACUCCUUCACUCAAAAUUAUUAUUAAAAUUCGAAAAUUUUAAAUAAUUUUUCUUAAUACUUUAAUGUUAGAACAUUAAAUGCCAAAGUAUACCAAACACUUAUUGUUCCUAAAAAUUAUAUGUACAUAGAUUUAUAAGUUAUUAAUAUGUAAAUAUAUAUAUAUGUAUGUAAGUAUAGGACUGAUUUACUUUAAUAGUGAUCUAACACCAAGAAAUAUUGUUUUGAAAAUAAUGAUUUUGUUAAUUUUAAAAUCGAAAUUAUUUUUGAGCGAUAUUGUCAUUAAUUAUUUUACAAUAUAUGUUAAUACCGCUUUCAGAAGUCUAUGCACAGAAACCAAAAUAUUGAGUUGGAACACAAUCAAGGUAAAUGAGCAUAUACGCACAUAUUUCAAAACUAUUUACAUUAAUAAGUAGAUAUGAAUUAAGUGUAUUUUUGUACAAUUACUAAAAAUAUUAAUGUUAAAUUUAGAAUAAAUUUUUGAAAUUAUUUACUAUUUAUUCAAUACUAUUUAAUGUUAGUUUAUAGUACAAUGAUAAAUAAGUUGAAUAAGAACAAUAUUUAUUCUUUUUGAUUUAUGAUGCCAAAUAUACAAAUUUAUUUUAUAAAUCAUCUAAA